AUGAGCGGACGCAAGCGAAACGCACAGGGCGCGGCUGCAAAGCAGCGACCCAACAAGCGCGGCCGCAUGGCCAACGACGAACCUUGCGAGGAGGCUGUUCGACAGGCAAAAAUACUGCUUGAACAACGCCCCCUCGAAGUGUUCCGGGAUACGGCUGCAAUCAUCAGAGAUUUCGUGUCCCCCGUUGAGGGGUUGACCGAACAAGAUGAAGAAGCCGUCACUGAGCGGUGGAACAAGUCUGACGUAAAGGAAGACGUCGGAACAUUGAAUGCGAGUGCACACUCAGACCUCCUGAGGUUGUGGAAGCUCUCUAUGCGUCUCUAUGAGUGUCCACCACUCUAUUUCAUGUGCCCCUCGGCAAAGAUGAAGUACCAGCCAACGUCAAAAAACGGCAAGAUGUCUUUUGGACUCUACUCCAAGGGCUUUUGUGUGAAGUUCAUGACACUGAUGGCUCAUCCAUGCUGGGAGGCAGAUCACUUGAGGCUGAUGACUGCAUUGGAGUAUGCGAUCGCUUGUCGCAUAGACGACCGUGGAACGCUAGAUCACAUAUUAAUCGAUGCAUCGACAUGCCCGGCUAUACGCCGUAUGAAUGAAGUACUCAAACAUUACGGAGGUACAAUGGCACGGCGAUCCAUCCACAAGAUCCACGCUUCUGCAAGAAGACGUGCCAAUGGAGAGUCUUGCCCAUGGUCAGACUUUCUUUUUCAUAUCGGCGAGACUGUGAAGGCCAAGUCCUCCAUCAGGCCGCCGAUACUUGAUGAGUUCCUGAGUGAAGACGGACUCCCCACACUUCCUCUCACAUCAUGGGAUUUGGAAGCUGUGAUUGAAGCUGUCGACACAAUGGAAUUUACCCGGGAGGAGUUCCGAUACUCGGCAGACGAUGCACUCAAGGCCUGGAGCAAGGUGAGGAGUGGUCGAGAUAUUCCGGGCAUGGAACAGCUUCCUGAUCUCUAUGAGGUUUUUACCAAGGAUAUCUUUCGCAGGUCGAUUCUCAAGAGGAAAUCGGCCUCAGGAAAUGAUGCCGAGGCUGAGGCUUCAUCACCUCUACAAGAGGAGGAUGAAGAUCAACUUGAGAUCAAUGCUCCCAGAUCCGGUCCCGGAUCCCAAAUCCUCGACGACAAUGAAGAGAAUGAAGAGGAUGAAGAGGAUGAAGAGGAUGACGAGGAUGACGAGGAUCAGGGUGAGCAAGAUCUCGACAUGGAAGACAUCGGUCCUCCACCUUCUUCUGACGAAGAGGAGCCAGAUAAUCUGGCUAACGUUAUCGAUACUGAAGCCGAUGACGCACCCUUCGUCCAAGAUGAGGUGGACGACGAUGACCGAGGGCGUGUCUCCCCGCCUGGAAACUUUCUGGGCACGCCCAGCCCUGGAAACUUUCUGGGCCCGCCCGGCCCUGGAGAUAUUGGCCGACCUUGGCCGUUCCCCUCGGGUAGUUUGUUUGGCAAUCUCAUGACUCGAGAUGAACAGUCCCGCCGCGACUCUGAAAAUAUCGCGGCAUUGGUGACGCAGAUCGAAGAGAUGAGAGAGGAGGCCAGAAACGAGCGACAGACAACGGCACAGACAAUGGCACAGCUUGUGGAGCAAAACAACAAGCUCUUGGGGCAAAACAAGAAGCUCCUAAAAGACUCCGACGCUGUGCGCCAACAUGUGGCCAAGAUAGAGACUACACUCGAACAAGAGUUUGAUCUCGUCAAUAAUAAUGAGACCAAGCUUGAAGACUCUAUCAAGAAGCUUGCCAAAAGUCACCGCGAGCUUGCGAGGAGAUUUGAAGACUCCCAAACUCGUGUGACAGGCCCUAUCCCCGCGGAUCCCACAAGUCGCGGAGAGAUGGGCCAUGAGGGAAAUAGUCUUCGUGUUGAAAGGCAAGGAGAGGCCGAGACCCAGCAGGGUUCCGUCAAGGAAACUACUACUAAGAGCAGCCCUGCUCAGGUCGAGGCUCUUCAAGUUCAACCAACAGGAGAGACUGAGUCCCAGCAACCUCCCCGUACGGAACAAAACACUGUUCAAACCGGUGAGGUUGAAACCCAAGAGAAGCCGGCUUCCCCUGAGGAAGCCGAUACUCUGAGCAAGUCUAUUCAGGUCGAGGUAUCUUUAGAGAGCCAAGACCAGAGUAGACAGGCAACGUCUGCCCCCGUCAAUGAGCCAUCGUCAGAUGGCCAAGACCAGGGUGGACAGGUGGUCCCAGAAGGGUCCAAGGCAAUUCCCUCUACUGAUCCUUCCCAAAAUACGAUCAUUUCGGAUUUGCCAAAAGACCUUCCCUUGUGUCCGCCCGUCCUACAGCUACAACCGGGCUCUUUCCGCCAUCAGUGGCUGGGCUCCUUCAAUACGCUCAAUCAUCCCAAGAGUAAGCCGAUGAGGUCUGCACCCACUCCAACGCCAAGUUGGGGCAGGCUUCAACGGAAGCAAGGCUAG